GUCCAACACAUGAUGGCAUCUCAACUCGGAUUGCUUAGCAUGCUUUUCCUAACAGUCACUUGCGAGUUCAUCUCCGACAGUGGCUGGACUCCCAUAUCAAGAGAAAAGGCGGUUAAUCCGGGAAAUUUCAUUAAAACACAAGUUUACGGGAAUUCCCAAACAGACUGGAAUAGUGACGCGGACUCAACAUUUACUGGAGAGAUUCAUAUCAAAUUACCUGAUAGCCGUGAAAUGUAUGAAGGCUUUUAUCCUAGAAAUCUGGAUGUACAUAGAAAAGAUGUACUGCCUCCUACAAACUCCGAUGAAAGAGAAGACAAUUCUUUUGAACAUCGAAUAACCACAGAAAUACCUUUGAAAUUAAACAUUGAAAGAACUGAAACACUCAGAAGAAAAGCAAAGAAAAUGAAUGAUAAAAAUUAUUCCGCUAAAGAAAAUCUUAUAGAAGACAUAGACGCGAACGAAGACACAUUUAAAAUGGACAGGAAAGCAAUUAAUGAUAAGUAUGCAGUCACAGAACACGUGGACGAUGACGUCAUAGCAGAAAGUAGCAUUGGCGAGGACUUUCCUCCACUUAAAGAAGUACCAAGACACAACCCAACAGAUGACUUCAUUAAGAUUCUUGCUAACUAUAACAUACGAAGUAGUGAUAGGCUUCCAAAUUACGCUCUCUCAAGGCAGAACAGUCGUCAUUCCAAUAAAUUUAUUUACAUGCCGUUAAGAAUAGCAGAAGGGUUUAAUAGCCCCAAUCACUUGUUAGUGGACCCUUUGCUAGCAGUAUUUUUGUCGAACUAUGGUUAUUAUCUACCAGGCCUGUACGGUAUUACGGGGAACUACCGGAAUCUGUACGGGUAUGUCGCUGCCAACAACAUCCAUAACAACCAGCCCUUUGGUUCUUACAAAAUUUAUUCUGAUACAGAUUCUUCUCAUUAAUGUAUGCGGCAAAGUAUUUUAAGCUAACUAAUUUUGUUUUGUAAUUUUUACAUAGGUAUAGUGAUAAGGCCGUUGUGUUAAUUAGGUAAGUAUAUCAAUAAUUUAGAAUAUUGUUCUAUUUCUUAAACUUUAGUUUAAAUAUACUGUAAAAUAAAGUGUAAAAUAAA